UCGCAGCCAUCGGCGAUACGUACGGCGGCGCUUUGCUCUUACACAUGUUGACAUCCACUAUUAUGUUGACGUUGUUGGCAUAUCAGGCCACCAAGAUCACCGGCGUCAAUGUUUACGCAUUCACGGUCAUCGGUUACUUGGGCUAUGCAUUGGCGCAGGUGUUUCAUUUCUGCAUAUUUGGCAAUCGGCUGAUUGAAGAGAGCUCAUCCGUUAUGGAGGCAGCCUACUCUUGCCACUGGUAUGAUGGCUCCGAGGAGGCAAAGACUUUUGUGCAGAUCGUUUGUCAGCAGUGCCAAAAGGCGAUGUCCAUAUCGGGAGCGAAGUUCUUUACCGUCUCGUUGGAUUUGUUUGCAUCGAUGAUGCUCAUGCAGCCCACACCCCAACAACGCGUCACCAUUCGCCAGGAAUUGCGCGAACCCGAAAAUCAAUCGGACAUCGAUCGCGACAUUAAACUUGUACGUGAAUGGUUGGACACACAACCGCAUCUGCCCAAGGAUAUGGACGAUGGCCGUUUGGCCACUUUCUUGCGUGGCUGCAAAUUCAGCUUGGAGAAGGUGAAAAAGAAGCUGGACAUGUACUAUACGAUGCGCAAUGCUGUGCCAGAAUUCUUUGCCAAUCGUGAUAUUAGUCGACCUGAAUUGGCUAUGGUAUUGGAUUACUUACACUGCCCUACUCUGCCUGGUCUCACGCCUAACGGUCGCCGCAUCACCUUUGUACGCGGCAUCGAUGUCGACUUCCAAGCGCAUCACAUCAAUGACGCCGCCAAGGUGGCGCUCAUGAUCGGCGAUAUUCGUCUGCUGGAGGAGAAGGUCGGCAUUGCCGGUGAUAUUUUCAUUGUUGACGCCACACUCGCUUCGGCUCAUCAUUUUGCCAAAUUCACGCCAACUGUGAUUAAGAAAUUCCUCAUCGCCGUGCAAGAGGGAUACCCGGUGAAGGUGAAAGAGGUGCAUGUGUUCAAUAUUUCGCCAUUGGUUGACACCAUCUUCAACUUUGUGCGUCCCUUCGUAAAGGAGAAGAUCCGCAAUCGUAUCACCUUCCAUAGCAACAUCGAAAGUCUGUACAAAGCGGUGCCACGUGACUUGUUGCCCGACGAAUAUGGCGGCAAAGCUGGUUCGGUGGUCGAGUUGAACCAACAGUGGAAGAAGAAGUUGGAAGAAUACACACCUUGGUUCAAGGAACAGGAAGAUAAGAAGGCCAACGAAGCGCUGCGCCCUGGUUCGCCGAAGACUACCGAUGAUCUGUUCGGCGUGGAGGGCACUUUCCGGCAACUUAACAUCGAUUAGGUUGCUCGGCUCACUCGUAGUUGAGAUUAGUGCUAGGAUAGAACGGUUUACGGAUACGGUUGCGUUCCGCGGCUUUCUCAUGCUUUCGCCCUGGAGCUAGCUGCUGCUUUUUGUGCUCAAAUUCGUAUUAUAACUUAAAUAAACCAAUGACAUCGCUCGCUCCAUAUGUAUAAAUGACAUUCGCUUUGUGUGUGUAUACAAACACAAAUACAAUUUAUUUUUUAAUACUUACUUAUUUUUUACCAUUAUUAUUAUCAUGUUUUAUUAAUAGUGAUCCGUAUUGCCUCGUUCUUUUUUUGCUUGAAUAUGCCUUUGUGGACAUGUUUGAAACAAAUUAUUAGCUACAUUUAUAAUUUUAAUUUUAUUUCAUUUUGUUAUUGUCUUAAGUGCGCUUACCUAUGUAAGU